AUGACAUCAACUAAGAAAAUUGAUCGAGCAAUUUUAUUUUCUCAAUGCGAAUUUUUCAUUGAUUAUCGAUCAAGUCAAGAUGGAUGUGAUCGUUCACUUCGUUUAGGAAAUGAAUUAGAAAAUAAAUAUGGUGCAAAAAUUGUUGAACAACCACAAUCAUCUUCAACUACACAUAUUAUUUUUAAGAAUGGAACUUUAGAAACGAAAUUAUUUGCACAAAAAUAUAAUAUACCAUUAAUUGAACCAUUAUGGUUAGAACAUUGUAUUAAAAAAAGACGUUUAAUUGAUUUAAAAAAAUAUCAAGUUAUUAAUGAUGAAAAUCAACCACCAACAGAAGAACUUGCUCUUGAUCAAUUAGAAAUUACAAAUAAAAAUAUGCCUCUACCUUCAACACCUAAAAAUAAAAUAAAUCAAUUACAAAAUGACAAUAUUGUUGAUUCAGGAAAAAAACCAAAAAAAAUUCUUUAUACACCAAUUCGUGGUGAAUUUGAUCAAGGAAAUCCCCAUGAAUAUUUCGAUCAUCAAAAACGAAUUAUUACACUUGAAAAUUUAGGAAUGAAUUUACCAGAUGAUAAUCAUAUAUUAAUCCAACGUUAUGGCUGUAGUGUUGCUCGUCGACAAAUACAAGAAACUCCAAUUCAACAAUUAGAUUUAAAAGAUGAACAAAUAAAUAUUCGAAAAUAUGAAGAAUUACCAACAACAAUGAGUUUUCCAUAUGAAUCUCAAUCAACACCUAUUAUUCAUUUUGCUAAUACAGUUCGUCGUCCCCGAAAUUGUCCAAUUGAAAUUAUUAUUUCACCUUCAACAACCUUCGAUUUCGACAGUCAAAAACAAUAUGCAGCUUUAGGUGAUCGUCCUCAAUCAACUCCAGUUUCAUCACCUAUAUUACAACCAGCAGUACCAUUAACUAUUAUUGAUAAUCAUGAAGUACAUGAAAUUAUUAUUGAAAAUAAUCCUAAAGAAAGUCGAUUUAUUACACCAUUAAAAACAAUUGAUUAUUCAUCAUUUACUAAAUUAACACCUCUAUAUUCAAGAAAAUCCAAAGUUCGAUUUGAAAUAUGUCAUAGUGAAGAUGAUGAAAGAGAAUUAAUAUUACCAAAUAUUCAAAAUAUAUUAAAUGAACUUCAAUCAUCUGUGAAUUAUGAUCAAAUUAUUCCACGACCACCACCACUUCUUGCACUUUCACAAGCAAUUCGAACUAGACAUCCUGAACAAUUAAUAGAAACAAAAAUUAAUAACCAUUUAUCGUCCAUUAAAGAUUUACCUAAUUCACCAGCUAAUUAUUCAUUUGUUUUUUAUCAAUUUCAAUUAACACAAUUAGAUGAAGUUAAACGAUUAACGCGUCGUAUGGGUGAUUGUUUUUCUACUGACACAAUUGAUAUGUCAACUACACAUGUUAUUCUGCCAGAUGAUGAUCCUCAAAUCUCAUUAACACUUGAUCUUUUUCUUGCGUUGAUAUAUGGAUGCCGUUUAGUAACAUUCGAAUGGAUAAAAUCUUCGUCACGUAUUGGUGAAUGGUUAAGUGUUAAUAAAUUUGAACCUAAACGUUUCUAUCAAGAAAAUCCAUCAUUAAAUAUAUAUCGUAAAUGUCGACAACAACAAAAAGCAAUUCAUAUAUUUAAUGAAUGUGGAACGAUGUAUUUAACAUCAAUUGCUAAACAACGAUCAUUAUUAUUAAAAUUAAUUACUUUACUAGGUGGAAAUAUCACAGUUAAUCGUAAUUUAGCUAAAAUGGUUAUCGGACGUUCAUCAAAACCACUUCCAAUUAUUAUUUAUCCACAAGUUACUGAACAAUGGGUUUUUGAUUCAGUUAAAUCAGGACAAUGUCUUCCACCGGAUGAUUAUCUUGUUGACAAUACUAAUGAAUAA